UGAUGUGAUGAGUACGUUGGCAUUUCGUUAAAUCAAGGAUUUUUUUUAUUUACCUUUAAAAGAAGGUAGCGACCAUGAAAUACAGCAGUACGUGAAUUAAACGAGCUUUGUGAUGAAAUGCGUGAUAGUCGGUAAGCAUUUACGACGUUCUGUGUCUGUUUCUGUAUCAUGUAACUUAUUUAAACCAUUUUCUUAGUCGAAAUAAAAUCGCCAUAAUUCGCUAUGUCCGGACAUAAUGCAUUGGAUGACGUUGAAACUGAGAGGAGUCAACUUGCAAAGAAAAUUAUAAGUGCAGCAUUUUACGCCCUGUCUUCUUUUAUGAUAACCGUUGUCAAUAAAACAGUGUUAACGACCUUUGCCUUUCCGUCAUACCAAGUUCUAGGAUUGGGGCAAAUGCUGGCAACGAUUUUAGUACUGUGGUGUGGGCGAUAUUUGCGCAUCGUUCAAUUUCCGCCACUAGAUACCGGAGUCGCCCGACGUAUUUGGCCUCUUCCUCUCAUUUACAUGGGAAACAUGGCCACAGGACUGGGAGGCACCAAAGAACUGAGUCUACCAAUGUUCACAGCCCUACGCCGAUUUAGUAUAUUAAUGACGAUGCUACUAGAGCGACUGGUACUUGGAGUAAGAGCCUCAUGGUUGGUGCAAGCCAGCGUGCUGGCUAUGGUGGGUGGAGCGUUGAUGGCAGCCGCUGAUGAUGUAACAUUUUCAUAUUCUGGCUACACACUUGUGCUACUGAACGACGCCUUUACAGCAGCAAAUGGAGUUUACAUGAAGAAGAAAUUGGAGUCAAAAGAUCUUGGAAAGUAUGGCCUCAUGUAUUAUAAUGCUCUUUUUAUGAUAUUUCCUGCUGGCUUAUUGGCGUGGCGGACAGGUGACCUGGAGCGUUCUGCGGCUUACCCACACUGGGGGGAUGCACUCUUCCUAAUGCAGUUUUUGAUGUCAUGUGUGAUGGGUUUUGUGUUGUCAUACAGUGUCAUGUUGUGCACGCAAUACAACAGUGCCUUAACUACAACUAUCAUUGGAUGUCUUAAAAAUAUACUUGUUACAUAUCUAGGUAUGGUUAUUGGUGGUGACUAUGUAUAUUCCUUUCUUAAUUUUGUUGGAUUAAAUAUAAGUGUGUUAGCAAGUCUGCUCUAUACUUAUGUUACAUUUAAACGAAAGCCGCCCACUUCACAUCUGUUGUUGAAUGAGGCAAAUGCUAAAGUUGACACUGUUUAACUGAACUUUACUAUGAUUGUUAAUGUUAUGACAUGGCACCAAAGAAAACAUUUUAUUUUUACGGAUAUUUAUAA